CCGUUUUGUUUCCGUUACUGCGGCGAGCCAUCUUACUUCAGACGCCGAUCAUUACUUCUUCUAGUAAUUUCAGUGCUAACGUGUCGUGCAACAGCAUAAGAUUUUAGUGGUCGAGACAACGCUGUUUCACGUGUAUUCAGUAUGGUAGGGACAAGGGUCUAUGUCGGUGGGCUUCCAUACGGCACCAGGGAAAGAGACCUUGAGAGAUUUUUCAGAGGCUACGGUCGAUUCCGUGAUGUCCUCAUCAAGAAUGGUUACGGCUUUGUUGAGUUCGAUGACUAUAGGGAUGCAGACGAUGCCGUCUAUGAGCUCAAUGGGAAGGAGCUGUUAGGAGAAAGAAUUACUGUAGAGAGGGCCCGGGGGACACCUAGGGGUAGUGACCAGUGGCGCUAUGGUGACUCCCGUGGUGGUUAUGGGGACUCGAGGCGAUCUGCCCGAGACGAUAUGCGGCACGACAGAGAUAGUGUGAACAGAAACACGAGGACUGCAUCUAGCUACAAGCAAUCAUUGCCCAGAUACGGACCACCCACACGCACCGAGUACCGCCUUACCGUGGAAAAUCUUUCCAGCCGUGUCAGCUGGCAGGAUUUGAAGGAUUAUAUGAGACAGGCUGGAGAAGUGACGUAUGCAGAUGCACACAAGCAGCGCAGGAAUGAAGGAGUUGUAGAAUUCGCGACGUACUCGGACUUGAAGAACGCCAUCGACAAAUUGGACGACACCGAACUCAACGGACGCAGAAUCAGAUUAAUCGAAGACAAAAGACGUGGCCGUCGCUCAAGAUCCUCCAGCUCGAGAUCAAGAUCACGAUCACGAUCAAGAUCCCGCCGCCGAUCCCGCUCUCGCUCAAGGAGUCGCCGCAGCUCUCGUAGCCGUAGCCGCCGCAGCAGUCGUUCCAAAUCCAGGGCACAUUCGAAAUCCAAAUCAAAGUCCAAAUCCAAAUCCCCCGAGCGUAGCCGCUCCCGUUCCAAAUCCAAAUCAAGAGACCGCUCAAAGUCGAAAUCUAAGUCAAAGUCCAAAUCCAGAUCUCGUUCUAGGUCCAAGGCCGAGAGGUCAAAGUCCAGGUCGCAGUCCAAAUCCAAAGCCAAGUCUCCCUCGAAAGACAGGUCUAGUCGCGAACGAUCCAGGGGCGACAGAUCAAGAUCCCGAUCCGGCAGCAAACAUAGCAAAAGCCGCAGCCGCUCACGUUCGCCGAUGAACGGAGACAAAUCGCCUGAAAGUAACAAGCAGAAAGCUGAUUAAAGGAAACGAUCGAACGAAUAAAAAAACGAAAGGACUUAGCAGAGCGGAACGGAGUGGAGGAGAGUGAAAGAAUUUACGCGAGUGGAACUUGUUACAGAGUUUCAUCUCUUUAGUUUCCUUUUAUUUUUUCUACACUACAAAUACAUUCAAGAAGCCAAUUUCAAGCCUUGUUUUACGACGUCUAUUCUUCUUUUAACAAGUUUACCCGCAAUCGGACGAGGUACUCCUGACAUAGGCCCUCUGUGUCUGUCAUGUAGAAAUUAUACAUGAGACUCAAAUGAUGAUAAAUAAAAUUUCGUAGUAUGAAAAAGUACGACCAAGCGUGUGAGGUAAAAGCAAAUGUAUUGGAACAUAAUUUAAAAAAAGGAACAAAACAUUAACUGUAUAAUGCAACGAUUGGCUUAAAAAUAAUUGAUUGUCCAUCGUUCACUGAAUUGAAAUCAAUUUCACCAGAUUAUUUCUCAUCUAAUUUUAAUUGUACACAUUCUCAUUCGAAACGAAUACACAUCUCGCAUUUAGAAAAGUAAGAUGUCUUCAUACGUACCUUAAACGGACUCGACACACGUUUUCGAGGUAUCGCCGUAUAUCGAGGAAUUCCCUAUAAUGGCUUUUUGUAUAUAUUCCUAACAAUCACAUACAAUGAGGAGAUACGUGAUGUGUAAUAAAUUUAGCGGUAAGAGGUAUCUUAUUAUCAAUAAAAAUUCAUGCCAAGCUUA